AUGACCCCAAUCACGGACACCGCUCAGUCGUUGAAGUCAUCAUCUCGACCAAGUACUCCCGCAACUGAACAAGACAUCCUAUUCAGUCGUCCCCCCUCUCCUAUUCGUGCAGCCGCAGAUGAGUACGUCCUCGUCGUUGGUGGCCUUGGCUACAUCGGCAGCCACACUACUUGGGAAAUUUUGAAAGGCGGAAGCAAUGUUGUUGUCAUAGAUAACCUCAGCAAUGCUUUCGUCAACGUUCUUGACACUCUCAAUGACAUGACGGACCAACGCUUCAACACCAAUCCUCGCCGUCCAGACCUUCACUUCUACGAGGCUGACUUCAGAGACGAUGUCAAGAUCCAGGAAAUUCUAUCUCUUUAUUCCUCACCCUCUGGACCGAAAAUUAAACGUGUUAUUCACUUUGCUGCAUACAAGUCUGUAUCAGAAAGUAUUAAGCAGCCACUCAAAUACUACGACAACAAUGCCGGUGGACUUAUCAGGUUCUGCAACACAUUAUCAAACUUCAACAUCAAAAACCUCAUCUUCUCAUCAUCGGCUACUGUUUAUGGUUCUCUAGCAGAUGCAGGUGGUCGUUUGGUUGAAGAGUCUUGCAGUCAUUCCACGACGGAGUGGUGUGAUGCUAGUGGCCAAAGACAAACAACUCUUUCAGGUUGCACGGGUCUUACAAACCCAUACGGGCGAACAAAAUGGAUACGCGAGGCUAUUCUAUCUGAUUUAGUCGUGGCUGAUCCAGAAUGGACUAUCACAGCCUUACGGUAUUUUAACCCUAUUGGCUGUGACGACUCUGGACGUUUGGGAGAAGAUCCCCGUGUCGCACCAACCAAUUUGAUGCCUGUCCUCCUCAAAGUCAUGCUUGGAGAGGUAGAACAACUCCAAGUAUUCGGUACAGACUGGGAUACCCGAGACGGAACAGCUAUCCGAGAUUUCAUUCACGUCUCCGAUCUUGCUAGGGGUCAUCUUGCUGCCCUUGCUGUACAAGACGGCCAAGGCUUCCAGACUUUCAAUAUUGGCACUGGAACUGGCCAGACAGUGUACGAAGUUGUUGAGGCUAUGAAGAUUGCCUCGGGGAGAGAGAUUCCCGUGGUGAAAGUCGGACGCCGCCAAGGUGAUGUGGGAGUCUGUGUCGCUGAUCCUGGAAGAGCUAUGACACAACUGGGAUGGAAGCCCCGGAAGACCUUGCUUGAUAGUUGCCGGGAUUUGUGCAGAUUUCUGGAGGCGAAUGGGACUAAGAUAAAUUCGUAA